UCCUGGGGCAGAAAGUCACGGCUCGUAAUUUUGAACAGACGGCGACAGAGGAUGAUUAGUUUUGUUGAGAUUCAACAAUACGUCUGCUACUCAAACAUUUGUGACACAAUAUUUUGACAAUGAAUACGCAUUGAAAUGACAUUUUCUGACAUUUUGGGAUAAACAUGAGUUCGCAUAUCAUCACCCCUGGGCCAUACCGAGCAACAAAGCUGUGGAAUGAAAUAACUCGUCUGUUCCGGGCUGGUAUGCCCCUGAAGAAGCACCGGCAGAAUUUGAGAAAUUACAAUAACUGCUUCACGGCGCUGGCUGCUGUGGACUGGCUGCACCAAAUGCUUUGUAACAACAGCAACUUUGGCCCUGAUGUCACCCGGCAGCAGACGGUUCAGCUCCUUAAGAAGUUUCUAAAGAACCAUGUGAUAGAAGACGUGAAGGGCCGCUGGGGCACAGAGGAUCUGGAAGAAAACAACACACUUUACAGGUUUCCAUCUAGCUCUCCACUAAAGCCCAUUCCUUGUCCAGCUGUGUCAUCAGCUUCCAAAGGCAUCAAGAAAAAACCUUCCCUUCGAGACAAAGAAGGUUUCUUCAGGUUUAAGAGCAUGAAGAAAAAUGAACAGGAAGAAAAUUGCCAAACGGAGGAAGAAAAAUAUCCAGGAGAGCAACAUGUACAAAGAAGAGAGCUGACAGGAGAUGAUGAACAGAAUAUCUGGAGAGAUACCACUCUGACCCACCUGCAGAAAAUUCUGGGUAUUGAAUCUCUUCAUCAAUUGUUGGACCACCGUUCUAUAAAUCCUUACAACAUCAUCCAUAAUAUGACAAAAGUCAACAAGCAUGGUGUAGUCACCCUGGAUGACAAGACCGAUGACCUUCCUCAUUGGGUUUUGUCAGCUAUGAAGAGCCUGGCCAACUGGCCCAAGUAUGACAGUGCGCAGCCGUCCUAUCCAGGUUUUGAAAGGGAUGUUUUCAAAACUGUGUCGGAUUACUUCUACAGCCUUCCACAGCCAUUGCUCACCUAUGAGUUGUAUGAACUAUUUAUCAACGUCCUGGUGUACUGUGGGUAUGUUGCAGCGCCCGCUCUGCAGCAAGGCAAACGCAAGAAGCACGAUCUUCCCUCAGCUCCUCCUCCAGCCAAGGCAUCGUUUCGCUCAACGGAGUGUCUCCUGCUGUCACUUCUUAGACAGAAAACAUGCGAUGAGACAGACUCUCCCAUGAGUGAAGUGCUUGGAGGAAAAGUUCAAUCACAGCUGUUGAAGGGAACCCCUGUGGGUGCAAAUGGUGCACAGUUAGGAGGCAGUUACAUGAGCAUCACCACUGCUGGUUCCUUGAAGAAACAAAGCAGAAGCUUCUCAUUGGAGACAGUCCUAGAUGACUCCACCCCUUUGACUAGGAAACAGAUCUUUUUAUCCAAUGACAGCCUGGCAUCCUGCUCUUCUAGUAUCAGGAGCAAAGAGAGCAACUGGAAGACAACUCACAGUUGUUUAGAUUUCACUUCUGCAUCAACAAAAUCAUCGUUUGCAUCUGUAAACACUCCACACAGUUUCACAAAGCAUUCUGUGCCUGCACGGAGGCUGCACACUUUGCGACCAAGGAGUGUGGGCAGCUGUUUGGACAUAGUUGUAGAGACUAAUGAAGAAUCUUUUCAGGAAACCAAGUGGCAAGGCAGGACUACCAGCUGCCUGAAUGUAAACAUUUCAGAGGACCAACAUCACUCCCAUGUUCCGACACGCCCUCUUUUGUUAUCGUCCAAAACUCACUCUAGUUUCUCAUCAUUUCCAACCAAUUCAUCUUCACCCGACACUUCUUCAGAACCUAGUGGCCCCCAACUGGCUUCCAGUACAUCCAAUCUUUGGACCAUGCCAGCGCCUGCCGUUGUCCGCCGUUGCUUCAGCUCACUGGAAAUGUCUAAGAUGCCUCGACCUACUUCACUGUUCAAACCGUCUGUCUGUGUGCCUACUGCCAGAAUGCAGCAUCCCGAACAAAAAUUUGAGCACAGGCUUCCCCAGCAUCAGACUGAGCGAGUGGCCAUUGAGGCCCUGCAGUUAUGCACCCUUCUCCUACCCCCUUCCUCACGAAGGAAGCUGCAGCUACUAAUGAGGAUGAUGUCUCGCAUCAGCCAGAAUGUGGAUAUGCCUCGCCUUCACCCUGCCAUCGGCACCCGGACACUGAUGGUGCACACUUUUUCAGGCUGCGUUCUAGGCAGUGCCGAGGAGGGUGAUUUGGAUGAGCUCUUGGCGACCAGAUUGGUUUCCUUUUUACUGGAUCAUCAGCAAAGUAUCCUCUCAGUCCCUGAGUAUCUGGUCAGUGCCAUCAAUGACCAUGUGGAGUACUUGCGCACAGCACAGGUGCCAAUAGACGACAUCGCUAAAGUUAAUGCUAGCGACCCAGUGUGCGCGCCGCUGCCAAUGUAUACCUUCUGCCGUCAGAUCAGUGGUGCUGAAUUUGAGCAGCAGAAGUUGUCAUGUUCCCAAAAAGCCAUGGAAGACUUACUUGAAAUGUUAAUGACCGACCAAAACAUAACAGAGAAGGACAGACGCAAAAAGUUGAAGCAGUUUCAGAAGCAGUACCCUGACAUCUACAGUCAACGGUUCCCCUCCACAGAAAAAGCCAGGAAGGCUGACAACAAACCAAAGAUUAAAGCUCCGCUGCUCAUCAGGAAGACAAAAACUUUCAGCAUUAGAAGCUAAACUGCCUGUCAUGUUCGUUGCACUGGAACUGCACUCACAUUGGGACUGACAGAACAUCUUUUGUUACAAAGGAAAAAUUUAUCGGGGGUUUUUUUGUGUGUGUGACACAUCUUUGAGAGAGGUCAAGUCAGGUUGACAGAAGUUUUAGUUUAGGUAUUUUUUUUUCCCCCACACAACAUUAACUAUCCAUGGUAGAUUUGUGUAUAUGCAUGUGUACGCCAUUUGGGAGUUUUAAUUUAAAUAACAUUAAUACUAGGAUGUCUGCUUGAAAAAACAUUUUCUUGUGAGAAGUGUUUUUAGAUACUAAACAUUUAGAAGACUAAAUUGUUCAUUUUCUAUAACUGUCGUAUAAAGGUUUUAGUCGUUUCCUGAACUGGGAAAGGAUUUAAAAUAUUUUUGCUGACUGCAUGUGCAUUUUGCAAUGGGUUUAUAAAAGGCCAAAAAGCUAGUUACAGCAAGUAAUAUAUGUAAACAGUGUCCCAUAAUGUACUUUUAAGACGUAAAAGACAUUAGUUGGCACCUGCUUUCUCGUGACUAAGGUAUUGCCUUAAGCAUAAUCUUCAAACUUCAUGAAAUAUUUAUUGGUCUCAGCCUAUGUGAAGUAUUAGUUUACCGUGAUGUUUGUCUCUUAUGCACUGUUUCUGAAAACCUAGUCUAUGCAGUUCUACUUGUUUCUCUCAAUCUAUGCAAUUUCAAGAGUAAUAAACACGUUCAGGUGGUAUAUCAUUUUUUUAAAAUUUUUUUUUUAAUGUAUUUUUGUUGUAGCCACAGCAUUAAAG